GAUUUUGCACGCAAGCGCAGUGACGCUCCUCCUGUCAAACAUGGCUGUGCUUUGGAAGGAGGAAAAAUGCUGAAUUGUGUUGGUAUAUUAGGCGAAAAGCAAAAGACAUGGCUAGAUUGGCUGACUACUUUGUUGUGGUGGGAUACGAUCAGGAGAAAGCCGCAGGUUCAGGAGAAGGAUGUGGAAAGAUUAUUCAGCGGUUCCCCAAGAAAGACUGGGAGGGUACAGCCUUUCCCCAGGGUGUGGAAAUGUUCUGUCAGCCUGGAGGUUGGAGGUUGUACAGGGAGAGGAAAGCUCCCACAUUCUUCACCGUUGUGUUGACAGAUAUUGAUUCGGACCGACACUACUGCUCCUGCCUCACUUUCUAUGAGGCAGAAGUCAAUCUUCAGGGUUCAAAGAACAUAGAGGCUGAUGGAGAUGAAGAUGAGGAGGCAGAGGAAGACAGCCUAAUCCACCCAGCUCAAGUGUUUGCACCAAAAAGUCUCAUUCUCGUGUCCCGGCUGGAUUAUCCUGAAAUAUUCCGGGGAUGCUUGGGUCUGAUCUACACUGUUUACAUUGAUUCCAUGAGUUUCGCUUUAGAGGUUCUGGUGGCCAACCUCUUUACCUUCCAGGUCCCUGUUGCUGGAGGCUCUCAGAAGCUUUUCAGCCUGGGAGCAGGAGAUCGGCAGCUCAUCCAAACACCUCUCAACAACAAUUUGCCUGUUACACACAAAAGUGUCGCCAUGCUUUUCCAGCAGUUGGGAAUCCAAAAUGUUCUCAGUCUUUUUUGUGCAGUUCUGACCGAGCACAAGGUUUUGUUCCACUCCAGCAGCUACCAGAGGCUUGGGGAGGCGUGCCGCGCCCUCGAAGCACUUAUGUUUCCUCUUAAGUACAGUUACCCUUAUAUUCCAAUUCUACCUUCACGCCUGCUGGAGGUGCUAAGCUCGCCCACCCCCUUCGUCAUUGGAGUGCACUCAAUGUUUCAAAAUGAAAUCCAGGAUCUGUUGGAUGUUAUUAUUGCUGACUUGGAUGGAGGAACGAUAAAGAUUCCUGAGUGUAUUCACUUGUCCCUGCUCCCAGAACCUCUGUUGCAUCAAACGCAGACCUCUCUGUCACUAGUUCUGCACCCUGAUUUGGAAAUAGCAGACAAUGCGUUUCCUCCCCCUCGCACUGCGCCCUCCAAUCUUAAACUGUUGGACAAGGAGGUAAGGGCCGUCUUUCUCAGGCUGUUUGCACAACUCUUCCAGGGCUACAGGUCUUGCCUGCAGCUCAUCCGUAUCCACUCUGAACCUGUUAUUCACUUUCACAAGACUGCCUUCUUGGGUCAGCGUGGCCUCAUCGAAAAUGAUUUCCUGACCAAGGUUUUGGAUGGCAUGGCCUUCGCUGGCUUCGUCUCAGAGAGAGGUCCACCAUACAGAGCCUGUGAUCUGUUUGAUGGGCUGGUGGCCUUAGACUUCAACAGCUUUAAGGAAGAAGAAGUCAAUCCUGCCAAGCUGCAGAAGCACAUCAGGGAGCUCUCUGAGCAGAUGUACAAAAAUGAGAACCCAAACCCCCACAUGGCAUUCCAGAAAGUGCCUUGGCCGUCUGAAGGAUCCCACCUGCGUGUCCACCAGGUACCUUUUCCCCUGCUGGAUGAGGAGAAGGUGGAGAGUAUGCUGCUGGAGGGCAUAGCCAAACUCAGCGGCACGCCUCCCUGCACCCGAACUGAGAAGAAAUGUGUCGUACCUGCCGGACCCGCUGUUGUGUCCAUUAUGGGUAAGAGUGGCUCUGUGUUUAACAGCGCCCGAAGGCUAGAGGUGGUGAGGAACUGCAUUUCCUUUAUCUUUGAUAACAAGACCCUGGAGACCGAAAAGACGUUGCCUGCUGCACUACGUGCACUGAAAGGUAAAGCAGCCUGCCAGUGUCUCACAGAGGAGCUGAGUCUUCACGUUCAGCAGAACCGCGCCAUACUGGACCACCAGCAGUUUGACUACAUCAUUCGCAUGAUGAACUGUGCAUUGCAGGACUGCUCCGGCUCAGAGGAGUACACCAUAGCUGCUGCACUGCUGCCUCUGUCCACAGCCUUUUUCAGGAGACUGGCUGCUGGAGUGAACCAGUUUGCCUACACCUGCAUACAGGACCAUCCUGUCUGGACCAACCAGCAGUUCUGGGAAUGUACCUUCUAUAGUGAAGUCCAGAGCCAGAUCAGAGCUCUUUAUCUUAACACUCCGGAGGAAACAGGUGGAGCCUCCCUCAGGAUCAUGGAUGAGGGCCACGCGCCUGCAGCCAGCACGGGCGAGGAGCAGACCGCCAUGGACCUGGCAGCCGAACAGCUCCGCUUGUGGCCCAGCCUGAGCAAAGAAAGGCAACAGGAGCUGGUGAAGAACGAAGAAAGCACGGUUUUCAGCCAGGCCAUCCACUAUGCCAGCCUCAUGGUUUAUCUGCUGGUUCCUUUGGACACCAGCAAGAUCAAGCUGCUGCGCAGCACACCUGCUGCUGACUGGGAGAGUGGCAGUAACAGCAUUGUGACAAACAGCAUCGCUGGCAGUGUGGCGGAGAGCUUUGACACAGAAAGUGGGUUUGAGGACUCCGAAAACAGCGACGUUGCAAACUCUGUGGUCAGGUUUGUCGCCCGCUUCAUCGACAAGGUGUGCACAGAGAGCGGAGUCACACAAGAGCACAUCAAGAGCCUGCACAGCAUGAUUCCAGGCAUUGUGGCAAUGCAGAUGGAGGCUUUGGAGGCAGUUCACAGGGAGAGCAGGAGGCUGCCUCCAAUUCAGAAGCCCAAGAUUUUGCGUCCAGCUCUGCUGCCUGGUGAGGAAUUUGUGUCGGAGGCGCUGCGGGUGAUGCUGGACCCAGACGGCAGGGAGGAAGCCACUGGGGGCCUCCUCGGGGGCCCCCAUAUUCUACCAGCAGAGGGGGCCCUUUUUCUUACCACAUAUCGCAUAAUCUUCAAAGGCAUUCCUCACGACCCACUAGUGGGAGAGCAGACGGUUAUCAGGGCCUUUCCUGUGUCCACUCUGACCAAAGAGAAGAAGAUCAGCAUUCAGAACCAGCUGCAGCAGCACAUGCAGGAAGGCCUGCAGCUCCGGUCUGCAUCUUUCCAGCUAAUAAAGGUAGCUUUUGAUGAGGAAGUUAGCUCAGAGAUGGUGGAGAUCUUCAGGAAACACCUCCAAAGAAUCCGCUAUCCUCAGUCCAUCUUCAGCUCCUUUGCCUUUGCAGCAGGACAAACAACCCCUCAACUGAUCCUUCCAAAGCAGAAGGAGCGUAACACUGGCCUCAAAACACUGUCUAAGAGCAUAGUCAAAGGAGCCAAACGGGCUGGAAAGAUCACCAUGGGCCUUGGUAGUCAGAAUUCACUGAAAAAGGCUGACCGAAGCAGCCGGAUGAUCUAUCAUGAAGACGAUGACAUUUCAAUAUCGGACGAAGAGCCUCCACCCAGCAGCACCUUACGGGCGUCAGAGAAGUCCACUAUGGAGCAGCUGGUGGAACAGUCUUGUUUCCGUGACUACCAGCGUCUGGGCCUGGGCACCAUCACUGCCAGCUCAUCUCGCUCCAAGUCAGGCGAGCAGUUCAGGAUCACAGCUGUAAACAGGCUGUACUCCCUCUGCCGCAGCUACCCAGCACUGCUGGUUGUUCCACAGGCGGUGCAAGACAGCAGUUUGUAUAAAGUGUCCCGCUGCUACAGGCACAACCGGCUGCCUGUGUUGUGCUGGAAGCAUUCCCGCACCAAAGCAGUGCUGCUGCGCUCCGGAGGCUUUCACGGCAAGAGUGUGGUGGGACUGUUCAAGUCGCAGAACCCCUCUUCAACCUCUCCUGCCUCGUCCUCGGAUUCCUCUAGUAGCCUCGAGCAGGAGAAGUAUCUGCAAGCUAUCCUCAACUCCAUCCCUGUCUACUUCAAAAUGAAUGGAAACAACACACUGACCAACCGAUCCCUCAUUGGGCUCUCACCAGGGAGUGAAAGACGAACGCCCAGAAUGCAAAAGAUGGCUCCUGUCCAUUUAGACACCCCCUUCUCGAAUAGCUUUACCAGAGGAGUGCUUGAGUACAAAGAUAAACUGUUCACUCACUCAAACCCAAAGCCUACCGCUAAGGAGAGAAUCCUCGAUCAAGGCAUGUGGGCAAGCCUGCGCUCCAGCAGCAGACUGAGUCAGCAUCCAUCAAUGGCGCAAGUGGGUGCCAAGCUUGCAGGGAAGGAUCUGGCACCCCCUGCAGGGAGCAGCAGCCUCCAAGCUCAGCUCCUCAAGCAUCAGGCUGCUCUUUACAUCUUUGGGGAAAAGUCGCACCUGAAGGGCCUUAGAGUGGACUCUUCUUUGAACUGUGAAUUGGUGCCGGUGGAGUUUGCAGAAACAAGGCAAGUGAAGGCUUCCUUUAAAAAGCUGCUGAGGGCCUGCGCCCCCAGCUCCACCCCAUCCGACUCCGAAGACUCCUUCCUUAAAGCCCUGGAGGACUCUGAGUGGAUCCAGCAGCUGCACAAGAUCCUCCAGCUGGCACUAUUUCUGGGGGAGCUUCUGGACACCGGCUCGUCAGUUCUGGUCAGCCUGGAAGACGGCUGGGAUCUUACCACGCAAGUGGUGUCUCUGGUGCAGCUGCUGAGCGAUCCUUUCUACCGGACUCUGGAAGGCUUCCAGGUUCUCCUGGAAAAAGAAUGGUUCUCCUUCGGCCACAAAUUCUGCCAAAGGAGCAACCUGAGUCCCAACAGUCAGGGCAGCGGCUUCACGCCCAUUUUCCUGCAGUUCUUGGACUGCGUGCACCAGAUUUUGGAGCAAUAUCCCCUGGAGUUCGAGUUUAAUCAGUAUUAUCUAAAGUUCCUGGCCUACCAUCACAUCUCUAACCGCUUCAAGAACUUCCUGUUGGACUCUGAAUAUGAGCGCUUGGAACAUGGGCUGCUGUUUGACGAUAAAGGGGAUAAACAGACUCGCAAAGGCAUCUGCAUCUGGGACUGUAUCAACAGGAUGCACCGGAGGAGUCCUAUCUUCUUCAACUUUCUCUACAAGCCCUCAGACAGUGUCGCCGUUCUGAAGCCAUUUGUUGCCGUGUCGAGUCUGACCAAAUGGGACUUCUUCACCGAUGAGACUCUGUCAGUGGGACCGGGCUACGACUGGAGGAUGAUGGCCGUGAGGUCCGACGGUUCGACGGAGACGGACGCCAUCGCCAACAGCAAGAGGAGGAUAGUUUGGCCGUGUUACAGCAGCGUCAGCCACGCCCAGCCGGACGCCAUCACCAAACUGCUGGCCGACAUCGAGAAGCUGGAAGGCGAGCUGAACCAGACCCAGGAGAAAUGGCAGACCACUCUGGAAAGAGUCCAAAUUAGCAUACAGGAAGAUAUCAAACAAGAAGAGAAUCAGCUCCGUAAACAAUCAGUAUCCAUCUCGGGCGUGACCCCCACCUCCAACCUCCAGGCUUUCCAUCGGCGCUCCAUGCUGCACCUGCCGGACAGUGGACUGGCUGAUGACCACACCUCCUCCACAGCCAAUGGCGUCAACCGCCGUGCCGCAACGCUUUACAACCAGUUUACCCCAAAGAGCGAGGAGAACAGGUCCUAUGAGGGGAUCUUGUACAAACGCGGAGCGCUGUUGAAAGGUUGGAAACCCCGCUGGUUUGUGCUGGACGUUACAAAACACCAGAUGAGAUACUACGACACCGGCGAAGACACAAACUGCAGGGGUCACAUUGAUCUAGCUGAAGUGGAGUCUGCAAUGACCGCCACCCCUUCAUUAGGAGCCCCCAAGCACAUCAACGAAAAGGCUUUCUUUGAUCUAAAAACCAGCAAGAGAGUCUACAACUUCUGCGCGUCGGACGCUCAGAGCGCUCAGGUAUGGAUCGACAAGAUCCAGAGCUGCAUCUCCGACGCCUGAAAGCUGGAGUGAAAAGACACAAAAGCCACUGUGGGGCUGCAUCAGUGGCCUGUCAGCAUCUCCCACUUCCUUAGACCUUUGGGGACUUCUGUAAAAGUGGCUGAUAGUGAAAGAUCGGUUGUCUUUACCCGCCACCGAGCAGCCAAAGCGUCCAACUCCUCGGCCUGGCCUGUCAGCUCCUUCUGACACCGAUGAAGUGAAGAUAAGCUGAAGUUUUUAGGGGAAAAUGCACUACCAAGGAAAUGUAAUCCUACUUGGCUGUAAAUACUUUAAAGCAAUAUCACUGACCAAUUGAAAAACUGUGGCUUAACUUUUAAACAUAUAUUUAAAAAAAAAAGAUAAAACAGCUUGAAAACCCUUAUUUUCUAUCAAGUAUUUUACUACAUGGAAAAGUGAUGGCUGCUUGAUGAACAUGCAAAUCGCCACAAACUCUGUUUGAUGCACAACAUUGAAAAGCUGUUUGCACUUGGCGCUAAAGUACGCACUCCUUAUCAGAAAUAGAUGGUCUAAAGAGAUGCAGACAGCCAGGUUAAGGAAUUCCUUUAGACGGCGACUCUUCCUCAUGACAGAUUUAAUCCAAAAUAAUUUGCACAGUGACUUCAGAAAUACUUUUCUUUUUCUAUUUAAACAUGUUCCCACUAUUUUUGCUGAAUGUUUAUUGACUGUUGCAUAACACAUGUGACUAGUGUGAUGUAAAUUAUUCUUUUUUUGUUGUUUUUUAUUAAAAGCGUACCUGUGCAAGUAUGGUUGAAUCGUGUUUUCUGCAAGUAUCUUUGACAUUUCAUCUUGUAGACUGUAUGUGAAGAACAUACUUUUCUCACACAGAUUCUGAUGUGAGCGAGUUGUGUUUGUAUGUUGGUGCAAAAACCUAAGUGGCCUGUUCCGUCUUUGUGAUUCUAAAAAUGUUGUGUUUAUUUUGUUGUUGUUGUCCAGACAGGCUUUGUGUCCUUCAAGGGCCUUUUAAACUCAUGUAUCUGUGUUCUUUAUCUUUUUCGUCUUUUCUGUUUCACUUUUUACAAUCUGUACAGCUUCAUUCCAAAAAAAAAAGGAAAGAAGAAGCACAACAAACAAUUCAAAGAUGUUUGACAAUUUUUUUAAGUUCUUUUUAUGUUCAAGUAUCUUUGUACCAUCUAGUGUUUCCACUAAACUUUUGAAAAUAAAUUAAAUUUACUUGAAA